UAUGUAGUAAGAAUGGAGAAAAGAGAGAGAAAUGAAAUUAGAAAAUGGUGAGCUGAAAACAUACGCUACACACAGAAUUUAUAUAAAGAGAAACGAGAAAGUCUGAUUAAGCAUAUUAUUCCCCAUUAACCUCUCUCCACUUUGUGUCAUCCUACUGAUCUGCAUUUCCAGAUCAUCCCCAAGAACACAGCUCAACAAGUACUUUAAAAAAGACUCUCUCUUCUCCUGUUUCUUUCUUUUCUCUUUCUCUAGAUCUAUAUAUCUACCACUCACUCACACGUACUCUCGCUUCUCUCUAAUCACACAUCAAGAUUCAAACUAUUAUUGAAAUGAAUCCUGAGGAAGAGGACGGGGGAAAUAAGAGGAAGAGGAGAGAGAUGGGAAGAGGGAAGAUCGAGAUAAAGAAGAUAGAGAAUAAGACAUCGAGGCAAGUGACCUUCUCCAAGAGAAGAAAUGGUCUUAUCAAGAAGACUCGUGAGCUCUCUAUUCUCUGUGAUGCUCACAUCGGUCUCAUCGUCUUCUCUGCCACCGGAAAGCUCACCCAGUACUGCUCCGAACACUCUAAUAUGCCUCAGCUCAUUGACAGAUAUUUGACAAAAGAAGGAUUGCAACUUCCUGACCUUAAUGACGACCGGGAUGACCUGCGCCAUGAGAUUGAAAUACUAAGAAGGGAGACAUGUAAGCUUGAGCUCCGUCUGCGUCCAUACCAUGGACAUGACUUAGCCUCCAUUCCUCCACACGAGCUCGAUGGGCUAGAGCAUCAGCUCGAACAUUCUGUCCAUAAAGUCCGUGAGCGUAAGAAGGAGUUGCUGCAGCAACAGUUGGGGAAUCUUAGCAGAAAGAGGCGGAUGCUAGAAGACGAUAACAACAAUAUGUACCGUUGGCUUCAUGAUGAGCAUCGUACGGGGAUUGAGUUUCAGCAAGCUGAGAUAGAGACCAAACCAAUGGAGUAUCAACAGUUUCUAGAGCAUGUUCAGUACUAUAAUGAUCAUCAUCAGCAACAAAGCAGUGUUCUUCAGCUCCCUACGCUUCCUUCAGAGAUUGAUCUUAGUUACCAUCUCCAGCUUGCUCAGCCUAAUUUUCAAAACGAUCCAACGAUCACCAAGGUUGAUUAAUCCAUCAACCAGUUCUACUCUCUCUUUAUGGAGACAAAUGAAUGAAGAAGUACCAUUUCUGUCUUUUAUUACCUAUUCUGAUUAGCCAAUGUCUUCUUUUGUGUCUAUUUGGUGUGGCCAUGGAACCUACUUUAAAGUACAAUAUUUCAUUUGAGAAGCACAAUGGACUUUGAUUAUAUUAAUCAUAAUAAUCAUUCAUCAUGA